GCCAGACUUCCCACUCACUCAUCCUCAUCAUCGCUCUGCACACACACCACCGCUGACUCUUUGACUUUGAUCGCCGCUGUUUGUGUCUGCACCUCCACCUUCUUGUCCUUUGUCGCCAUGUUUUGGUGGCUGCUUGGAGCCGGGGCUGUGGCCCUGUUUGUGUUCAUCGUGAUUGUGCUGCUGGAUCAGUUUGAGUACAGCUCGUUUGUUGUGGAGAACUGGUUUGCUCCCUCUGUGGCCAACAGAACGCUCAACUCUGUCCUGGACAAGGCAGCCAACAUCUUCUGCACGGACUUCCAGCCCCGUGUCCUCAAUAUGACCUUGCCUGGCUACAGGUGCAGGGUUCUGUACGUCCAGCACCGGGGCACAUUCUCGGGUGUGCGCUGCCUGCACGUGUGCAGCCCACCCCAUGUCGCCGACGGAUCCCUCGGGCUUGCGUUUGAGCUGGCACAGGCCGGCACCGAUGUGUUUGUGGUUGAGCCCAUGGGCUUUGGCUUUCAGACCCCUAUGGCCCACCCGGAACUCACCUUCCGCUUCGAGGCUGCCGACUACGCCCACUGGCUGCACACGGUGUCGCACGCGCUGUGCAAGAUGUUUGCUGCAUCAGAAGAACCAGAGGCCGGCCUCAACCCGGGCGAGGACGAGGAUGGCGAUGCAGGCAGCAGUAACAGCGGCGGUGACAACAAGAAGAAGAAGAAGGAGAGUGAAAAGAGUGACGACAACACCAACACUACCCGCAGCGGCAGCACGGCAGCGGAGACCACGGACGCGUUUGACAACAAGGUGGUGCUGGUUGUGCCUGGCCUGCUGGAGGAGGCUGCGCUCAUGUGUGCAACGCAGCACAAGAACACCAUCAGUGGCGUUGUGGUGGUGCAGCCGUCAUCCGCAACAGACAUGCGCAACCGUCUUUCCCGCCUCUUGUUCUUCGGCUCGCUGCUAUCUUGGGCGUGGGUGGGGCAGUUGCUGUUCCACGUCCACAAGUCCAUUGUCGUGCGCAAGUACUUGCGCCACGGCUUCCCGGACACGCCCGAGUACAACGGCGCAUUUCAAGACGCCAUCGUUAAUGUGUACGGCAGCCACCACCCGAGCACCAUCAGGGCCAAGGAUGACAAGACAGCAACAACAGCAGCAGCAGCAGCAGCAGCAGCAGCAGCAGCAGCAACAGCAACAUCGUCAUCCUCAGGUGCGGGUGAUGUGCGCAGCCGUGCGAGGAGUGGCAAGUCAUCACCACCUUCAACGCUGGCUGCCGGCGGCAGUGGCGUAGCGCCGAGCGGCCACACCCGCUGUGCAUCUGCCUCCCCCGCCUACCGCUCGUUCUACUCGGAUGUCACAUUCGAGGCACUUGCAAAGGGCGCGCGCUUCCCACUCGUGUCUGCAGCCCGUAGCCUGCUCAUGUCGCCGCGACCAUCUGCUCCAACACUCGCCACGGUGCAGGCGGAGAAACACGCGCGUGUGGGCGUGCCUGUCCUUGUCGUUGGUCGCUCCACAGGCGGCACGGGGAUGGGCGGUCCCACCGACGCGGAAAACGUUUCCACAACGUUCACAGAUGCAUCCUUGUGCCAGUAUGCGAAGUUGCACAGCGCUGGAUACUUCCCUGAGCAGCAGCAGACGUCCGCUGUUGCUGCGCUCAUUGACGCAUGGGCAGCGAACACCGGUGUCGCAAACUAGCAGUGGUGAUCGCCGUCAUGUUGGUGGUUGUGGUGGCCGUCAUGUUGGUGGUGUGGUGGUAGUGUGUAUUGCGUGUCAGGUUGUGUGAUAUGUCUGACCUGCUUUUUUUUUUUUUGUGUGUGUGUGUGUGUGUGUGUGUGUG